UCCGGGGAGAGCGGAUAUAGUGAAUGCAGGGUCCGGGGAGAGAGGAUAUAGUAAAUGCGGGGUCCGGGGAGAGCGGAUAUAAUGAAUGCAGGGUCCAGGGAGAGCAGAUAUAGUGAAUGCAGGGUCCGGGGAGAGCGGAUAUAGUGAAUGCAGGGUCUGGGGAGAGCGGAUAUAGUGCAUGCAGGGUCCGGGGAGAGCAGAUAUAGUGAAUGCAGGGUCCGGGGGAGAGCGGAUAUAGUGAAUGCAGGGUCCGGGGAGAGCGGAUAUAGUGAAUGCAGGGGUCCGGGGAGAGCGGAUAUAGUGAAUGCAGGGUCCGGGGAGAGCGGAUAUAGUGAAUGUAGGGUCCGGGGAGAGCGGAUAUAGUGAAUGCA